GCAUAGCGUUCGAUUGGGCGGUUAAAAGGCUAUAAAAGAUGAGCUACCAUUGCCACGGCUUCCAGUUAUUCGGUUUACGUUGAUCGUGCGCGAUUUGCCACAAACGGUGCUCUGUCCUUCUGUUAAAGUCUGUGUAUGAGUGCGUGUGUAGUUACAAAAAUGUGGAAGUGUGUCAUUGUGGCAUUCCUAGCAACGCUCGCGUUUGUGAGCGCACAGGAACCAGAUCCCCGGUGCCCGCUGGUGGAUAAUCCGCCCUUUCAUCUGCCGCACGAAACCGAUUGUGGCCUGUUCUACACCUGCUCCUAUGGCAAAAAAUACCUGAAAUCGUGCCCCGUGAACCAACACUUCGGAUUCCAACUGCAACGCUGCGACCAUCCUUACUACGCGCAGUGUACCCUUGGAUCGGGAACAACGGCUAUCCCCACUAUCCCGACCACAGUAUCGACGGCGUCUCCAACUACUGCUCCAACGCUACCGACUACCACAACACCACCUACCACCGUAUCUACUACUACGUCUGCCACUACCACUACGACAACUGCAUUCACUACUACUACUACUACUGCAGCGGCCACUACUGUACCGACGGCCCCAACACCCGGACCUACGGGAGUACCAACUACCGCACCAACUACCGCACCAACUACCGCACCUACGACAGCACCCAUCGACACCACUACUACAACGGCAGCCACUACCACCGUAUCGCCCACGACCGUGGAAGUUCCCACCGCUCCAACAUAUACCUCCACCGCUACCAUACCGACUGCCCCGAGCCCAAUUCCGACGGCCCCAACACCUAGUACAACCGUGGUCGGUAGCACGACCGUCGCGGGCAGCACGACCGCCGAUGCGACAGUACCUACCGUACCGACGGCCGGUCCGUCAGUACCUACCGUCCCCACGGCGGCCCCAGCACCCGUUGCGAUGCAUCCCCGCGUUCGAGCUCUGCGCACUAGCCAUGGAAUGGCGAACCAAUCAACGGAAGUGGAUUGCCGCGUUUCUGCUUCCUGUACAUGGUCAACCAACAAUGCGAGAUGUGUUGUAGAACCAUGCUCGUCAACUUGUCAUCUGUCAGCGUGUGCACAUGUAACGGACUACCGGGCGCGGGCCACGGCUACAAAAGCCUGCCACCGACAACAGGGCGCUACUAGUACUGGCCAGCGGAUCGAGCCGGAGCCAAUCAGCUUCACCAUGGUCUGCCCACGAUGGGUUGUGCGUGUGACGACGUGUUUGGUCGUGGUUGCGGCCUGCCUACUUCCAGCCCCCAGUGCCGCUCUCAGUGAUCCCUGCUCGCAGAGUACUACGCUAGCGCAUCCGACCGACUGUCGCAAGUAUCUGGAGUGUGUGGACGACAAGCUCGUGCUGCUGACCUGUGGCGUUCAGUAUUACAAUGCAUCCAUCGGUGGGUGUACGAACGAUCUACCAGCGAAUAGCUGCCGCCAGCGCAAGGAGGACUCGAUUGUCUCGCUCGACGAAACGUACCUCGGACGUGCCAUCGUCGAUCCGUGCGCAUCGUCCAAGCCAGGCCUCAAGCUGCCGCACCCGGAAAACUGUGGCCUGUUUUACCAAUGCACUCAGUCCGGCGCGGCCCUGUUCGCUUGUCCGGCCAAUCUACUGUUCCACGUGAAAAUGAGGGUUUGUGUUUGGCCGCAACAGGUGGAGUGUGCCCCGGGCGCUGAUUUACCGACCGGAACAACCGCCGGGCCGAACACCACGCCAGGACUGGACAAUGAUGGCAACAUUGUUCUACCCGAUGAGAUCUGUGAGCCGGGCUGCUUUCUCGAUCUGCGGUGCCCGGUAGACUGUGAUCCGAUCCUGCCACCGAAAGCCUUCCCCCAUCCGAGCCGUUGCGAUGCGUACUUUACGUGCAACACGUUCGGCUACUCCUGCAUCACCGAGUGUCCCGUGGGCAUGUGGUUUAGUAACGUUUUCCAGCGCUGUGUAACGCCCAACCUGUCCGACUGCACGCCGGUCGUGCCGCCCAUCUGUAAGGUGCCCGACUGUCGCCCGAACCCGGACUGUCCGGUGCCGGAUACGGUACCUCCGACGAAGUUGCCUCACCCAGAACGGGACGAUUGGUACUACAUUUGUCGCGAUGGAACGUCCUGCCAGAUGGCCUGCCCGCCCGGGCUAGUGUGGAGCCCCAUCUUCGAAGAGUGCACCUUUGAUCCGGACGAUACGGAAACUCCAACGCCCGAGCCAACGACCACUACGAUCGCUCCCGCUACGACCACUACUACGGCGGCUCCUGUUACUACGACAACUACUACGGCGGCUCCUGUUACUACGACAACUACCACGGUGGCUCCUGUUACUACGACAACUACCACGGUGGCUCCAGUUACUACCACCACUACAACGGCAGCUCCUGUCACCACGACGACCACCACAGUGGCUCCUGUAACUACCACCACUACCACGGCGGCGCCAAUCACCACCACGACCACGCAAAUCACCACCACCCCGGAGGUGGAUUGUCCGACCUGUCCGCCCUCGAACUGCUACCCGGACAACCGGUGCCCGAAGUGCGAAAAGUGUGACCCAACCUUCUUCCCGCACGACGACUGCGACAAGUUCUACAAGUGCAACUUUGGCCUCAUCUGCGAGAUGCGAUGCCCGCCCGGGCUGCACUUUAACGCGCGCGAAAACGUGUGUGACUGGCCGUCCCAGGCCGGAUGCGAGUAUCCACCCAUCAUCGAGGAUCCGCCGGAGAACGCCGCCUGCCAUCCGAACCCGCUCUGUCCGCCCGGCAACGGGGUGGAAACGUUCCUGCCCCAUCCGGACAACUGCACACUGUUCUACAAGUGUAGCUGGGGCAACGCCUGCCUGAAGGAGUGCCCGGACGGGCUGCACUGGAGCAAGGCGAAGCAGCGCUGCGAAUGGCCCAAUGUGGCCGGCUGCGACCCGAACAUACUGCCAGACGAUCCGAACUGUCCAACCUGCCCGUGCAUACCGUGCCGGUCGAAGCGGAACGCUUGCCAACCGUCCGAGCGCUGCCCGCCGGCCGGCAAACGCAGCUUCUCGCUGAGCUUCAGCCACGAGCUGCACUGCAACCAGUUCUACGAGUGCCUGUCCGGCCAGGCCUGCAUCCUCGAGUGCCCGAAGGGUCUCGAGUACAGUGGCGGUGAGGCACGCUGUGAUGUACCGAGCAAAGCUCAAUGUAGCCGUUGGUGGAAAUGAGGGAAGGUGAAGUUUUAAAGGGAAGAAGCUGGAAAUCUGAUCCCCAGUUGUGGCUACCACUUUACUUAGAAUAUUAUGCUAAUCUGAAUAUCGCAAAAUAAAGGAUUAAAAUCAAUAAAGCUAAA